AUGGAUUUAGCUCUACCUCCUCUCAUGGUCUCUGCAGGCUUUCUUCCAACUGGUUCAUUGCUAGAGUCCUUGAUCUACAUCUCCAAUGAUGUUACCUCCAUUGAAAAGCUUCCAUUUGUGCAGGUCAAGAAUGUAUCCACAAUGAUAAGAAGGAUCAAACUUCUUUCUUCAUUGUUUGAUGAAAUUCAAGAAACUAACAGCCCACUUCCUCCAUCAUCAAUCCUCUGCCUCACAGAGCUCUUCUCCGUGAUUCGGAGGGUGAAGUUCUUGACACAAGUGUGCAAGGAAGGCAGUUCUUUGUGGAACCUCAUGCAGACGGAGUUUGUUUCGAAUCAGUUUCACGUGAUUGCGAAGGAGAUGGGAAGGGCACUUGAUAUUUUGCCUCUCAGCUUGCUUGAUGUCACGGCAGACACUAGAGAGCAAGUUGAGCUUCUUCACAAGCAAGCCAAAAAGGUUGAAUUGUUUGUUGAUCCAAAGGAGGUUCAAAGAAGAGAAGAGCUUCUCGGAGUAAUGGCUGCAAACAAUGAGAGGAACAGCAAGAAAAAGGGGUUGAUUGAUUUUGGGAAAGUGAGGGAGAUCCUAAGCUUCAUUGGAUUGAGAAACCCUGUUGAUUAUGAUGAAGAAAUAUCGAAACUCGAGAGAGAAGCUGACAAGCAGGCAGGCACAGGUGGACUAAUAGUGGUUUCCAACAUAAACAAUCUCAUAUCCCUUGUUUCACUAUCCAAACCUAUGAUUUUCAGUGGGGGAACCAAUGAAAAACUGAAACUGCGCUCGGCUUCAUUCAGGAGGAAUCAUGAUCAUUCUUCAUCUUCUCAGUCAACGAUUUUCAGCAUCCCGGAUGAAUUUCGUUGCCCAAUCUCACUUGACUUGAUGAGAGACCCUGUGAUAGUUGCAUCAGGGCACACUUAUGAUCGAAAUUCGAUUGCCCAGUGGAUCAAUUCAGGGCAUCACACAUGCCCCAAAAGUGGGCAGAGGCUAAUUCACAUGGCCCUCAUACCCAACUAUGCACUCAAGAGUUUAACCCAACAAUGGUGUGAGGAGAACAACAUUCCAGUAACUGAAUCUGUAUUAUCAUCUUCUUCGGAUAUGGGGAGAAGCAGCAGCAAGAGAAAGUUAUGUGAGAAAGUGAUUGAUCACAUUUCCGCCACAAAAACUGCCUCGGAUGCAGUCAAAAUGACAGCAGAAUUCCUAGUGGGGAAACUAGCAACCGGUUCACCAGUUAUCCAGAGACAAGCAGCAUAUGAGCUCCGGUUACUAGCAAAAACUGGCAUGGAUAAUCGCAGGUUAAUAGCCGAGGCAGGAGCCAUUCCUUUUCUGGUGACAUUACUUUGUUCCCCGGAUCCAAGAAUUCAAGAAAAUGCAGUCACUGCACUUCUUAACCUCUCAAUCUUGGAGAACAACAAGGUACUAAUAAUGUCAGCCAGAGCAAUUGACAACAUAAUAAAUGUUCUACAAUCAGGGAAAACAAUGGAGGCAAGAGAAAAUGCAGCAGCUGCAAUCUACAGCUUGUCUAUGAUAGAUGAUUACAAGGUGAUCAUUGGUGCGAGUCCCAGGGCCAUACCGGCCUUGGUAGGGCUACUAGUAGAAGGCACGACAGCCGGGAAAAGAGAUGCUGCAACAGCACUUUUUAACCUUGCAAUUUAUAACAUGAAUAAGGCAAGUGUUGUUACUGCUGGGGCAGUACCGUUGCUCAUAGAGCAGUUGAUGGAUGACAGGGCAGGAAUAACAGAUGAUGCCUUGGCAUUGCUUGCUCUGCUUUUGGGGUCCUCUGAAGGACUGGAGGAGAUAAGAAAGAGCAGGGUGUUGGUGCCUCUUCUUAUUGAUCUCUUGAGAUUUGGAUCUCCCAAGGGGAAAGAAAAUUCGAUUACUCUUCUGUUGGGGCUGUGCAAAGAUGGUGGAGAGGAGGUUGCAAGACGGUUGCUGAUGAAUCCGCGGAGUAUCCCUUCUCUGCAAAGCUUGGCUGCUGAUGGCUCCUUGAAAGCUUGUAGAAAAGCCGAUGCUCUACUUAGGUUGCUCAAUAGAUGCUGCUCUCAAGCUCGCAAUCCUGUUGGAUAA